UCUCGCGCUGCCCGUCGAGAAGAUAGAAAGAGAGGGAAUCGCGCGGUCGGCGAGGGAGCGAGAAGGACAGAGAGAGAGGUAGAAAAACUCGACUCCUCGUACGUUUCGUCACAUUUCUCAGCCCGCUCAGCCGGAGACCGCGUCGACCGCGGACCAUCAGCGGACAGCGGUGGCGAAACGACGGCGGGACAGGAGUCAGGACAGGGACAGGGACAGUCGAGAGGACGAUCGGUUCGAUAGCUCGAUAGCGAUUAUAGCGAACAGGCUCGGGGACGGGGACGCCGCGCCGUUGCGCACCGUCGCUGGACGUUACGAAAGUUACGCGAUCUCUGGCAGAGAGGAGAGAACGAAACUGAAUAAGGGUCUAAAGGUUUUGGUAGAAGAGGGAGAGAAAAGACGAAGAGAGGAGAGACAUUGAAGCGGAGAAGCGAAGAUAGUGGGAGAGACAGAGGCAGAGAGAGAAAAGUAAAGAAGAGAGCGAGAUUCGGUGGCGCGCGAUCGAGGGGGGUCGUCGACGGUGCUCUACGCUACGCUGUUCCGCACGGAGAAUCCCGCGGCGAGGGAUGGCCUCGGCGGAUCAACGUCGCGCAGGCAAUCCAACCUAGAAGGAGCGCCGAGAAGCGCCUUCGAGGUUAUGUGCCGUUGAGGAGGACCGAGGGACCGCACGACGUUCGCGCGAGGCCGAAGCUGGAGUGGUGAGAGGGCGAGAACCACAUCGUGUAAGUCUGCGGUGCGAACGGGACGGGACGCGACGGCUUUCCGCUCGUUCGAUCUGAGGAUGUUGUAUCGAUAACGCCGCUCCGGGGAUCGUAUCGAUCCAGCGAGUGUUUCGCGUUCGCGCGACGAGAGGAUGCGUUCCUCGUGUGACGAUCAGCGGCGAGGUUGUCAAGGUUCCGCGUGAUCGUUGGUUGCCCCUAACAUUGUCGCGCGCGUACGAUGAAAGGGAGAGAAAAAGGAAUCGUUAAUGGGAUCCUCGUAAAGAACUGUAAAACUAGUCUGCACGCGUAGGAGCGCGAGAUAAUAUAAAAAGAGUUGUUGAACGAUCUCGCGAUCAUGUAAUCGCGCGUUGUUGACGUAGGAGAGUCAUACCUAGGCACCUAGGCACUUAACGUUUCGACAACGAAUUCGCUAUUUUUGUAAUUGAAGUUUAAUUAAUUAAGUGAUGAACCGAGUGAUGUGCGGAAAUUGUGUCGCACCGACUUGCAAUUCGAUUUGUGCGAACGUGUACGAUUUGUUUUUCGCGCUGAUAGACACGGUUUUUGUCGAGAGAUGUGAGCAAGCUAUACUAGUUGCACCGUAGGUUGAUUUACAUUCAUCGAAUUUUGCCGAAUAUUAUUUAAAGUUUGGAUAAAUGUUUACGACAGAGGUUCAUGCGAAUGGAUGAUGCUCGGUGGCAAUGAACGGCAUGGAGAAACAUGGUCAUGGACAUGGACAUUCACAUGCGCACUCGCAUCGUCAUCGCCAUUCCCAUGGCAGUUCGCAGAGCACGUCGCAGAACUCCAGUCAGCCGUCUUCGAAGCACAGCCACAGCCACGUGACGCAUUCGCAGAAGAGUGACACAGCCGUGCCACCAGCGACCCCGAAGACCCAGAGGAAUUUCAAGCUGUUAGUCGAUCCAUUUUUAGUCAAGGGAGCUGCAAGAUUGUGCAGAUACGAUGGGACUGUUCCGGGUGACCCAACGUAUCCACAAGUUCAGCCUCGAGAUCCCAGGUCGCAAUUGACGAGGAUCUGGACUCGACUCGAACAACUUGAUCUACCUGUACCUAGAUUUAAAAUUGAUUCCAAUUAUUGCGGAGAGCCUCCGCCGCUGGAAGUGACGUUUUGCCAUUUAAACGACAAUAUCGAUAAGACAUUUUUGACAAAUAUGGUUCAGAAAUUCGGAUCUAUAGAAGAGCUUACUAUUUAUUAUCACCCGAUAACCAAUAAACACCUUGGUAUAGCAAGAGUGGUGUUUGAAUCGACCAAGGCAUCCAAGGCGUGUGUGGAAAAGUUGAAUAAUACAUCUGUGAUGGGGAAAGUGUUGAGGGUUUUUUUGGAUCCCUUCGGGGAAGAGUGCAAGAAGAUGUUCGAGGAGUUAACCAUAGAGAAGAAACCUGAGAAGAAGGUGGAAAAAGAGAUACCGAAGCCGGAACCUGAGCCAGAAAAACAUCAAACACCGGUGGAAAAAGUGGCUUUGCCCGAGGAGAGAGAUGACUUUAGAAAUAGUAAAAAACCAGUUCUGAGUAUGGAAAAGAGCAGAGAGCCAUACGUAGAAAAUUCAAGAUACAACAAAUAUAGGGAUUAUCCUACGCCGAGUGGCAGUACGGGUAGUGAUUUGGGUUACGGAACGGCGCCUAGCGAACUGAAUUAUUCUAGUAAUUAUUCUCAAAACUCGACGCCGGCCACAAAUUACAGCGACUUCUACUACGGCAAUUAUCACCAUCAACCUCCGAGUAGCUACUUAGCUAACAUCCCGCAGAACGUGUCCCAGAAUAUACCAAUUCAACAAAACUCAAAUGUAUGGUGGGGCAAUAAUUCUGGAUCAGCAGCAUAUUCAACCUCGACUGCCGUCUGGCCGAUUCAACAACACGCGACAAAUUUGGACGGUGCUGGUUCUAAUGUGACGCCGAUUAAUAAUAAGACUUCCAGUACGAAAACGCAUCACACUCCUAAAAAGGAAAAGGAGAAUCAGACUACGGCAAAGAGCACGCCGCGUGAUUCUCCCGACGAAACUCGCAAGACAUUAGAUUUAGAUACGAGAAUCGCUAUGUUGCUGAAGGACAAAGCCGGCGGAAUGGCACCUCCUUUUUUACAAUUUGGCAGCGACUCGGAAGACGACAGGAAAUCUCAACACGCUGACAAUGAGAUGCUGUCAGAUCCUCCCAGUCCCUUUCUCUCACGCGAGAUAUACAAACAAUGUUUCGACAAGAUGGUAGAGAGAAAUAAGGAACGAAGGAAAGCUCACGAGAAUAGCAUUAGUCAGUUCUCCGUGGAUGAGGAUUUAGGUAGCGUCAUAAGUUCCAGUGAAGACGAGGCGUUGUUAGGAAGUUACAGUCCAGCACCCGAUGAUAACGAACCGGAGCCACCCAAGGAACCACCUCCGCCUCCACCACCUGACGACGACAGAAUGUCUCUGAGUCCUUUAAGUUCGGGAGAUGAGAAAAUCGAGGAAGUAAUAGCGCAGACUGAACCUUCGAAUCAACUAUAUCCGGCAACUGGUUACCCAGGACAUUUGACUCACUAUCCCUCUAAUGAUGUUUAUAAUUGGCCGCGACCGACGCAAUAUCCUUAUCCUUGUGGAACGACUUAUUUACAGAGCCAUUAUCAACCUAAUACGGCAUCUUUGUCGGCAACAAUUGGAAAUCAUCAAGGAACAAAUUAUUAUUCUUCUUUUCAAUCUCGGUUACAUGCUAUGGCAAACUACAACAUCACAAAAGAUCCACAGGGACCUACCAUCAAUGGAGUGUUGAGCAGAGUUGUAAAUGAACUAAAGCAAAUUCUAAAGAAGGAUUUUAAUAAGAAGAUGAUAGAAAAUACAGCUUUCAAAUUGUUCGAAGUUUGGUGGGACGAAAAGAAAUCGGAGAAGACUCAAACUCAGGGUAGCGGCGAUAAUAUUAUUGUCAAUAACACGACGAAAGAGGAUGUGAAGCCGCAAGGAUUGUCAUCAUUGUUGGAGCAAGCAACACCAUUGGGCCUCAAUUAUGACGGUUUUGGUUUGGGUAUCAGAGCUAGUAUGCCAAAGAUGCCUUCAUUCAGGCGCAAGAUCAAAGCUCCAAGCCCAUUACCGCAGGAUGAGGAUAGCCGGCAGUCGGGUCACGCUGAUAUAGAAACAAUUGAAAGUGACAGUGAUUUGGAUGUACCACCUGUACAAAAAACGAAAAAACCGAUUAGUUCUCUUCCAACCGUCUCUUCUUCAUCUACUACAUCUUCGUCGGUCGAAAGUAGUAGCGAGGAGAUUAGUUCCAGUGAAUCUUCCGAUGGUUCGAAUGAAAGUUCUGAUGAAGAAGGCUUUGAGGAUGAGCAAGAUACAGAUAGCCGAAUGUCCGAUCAUAGACCUUUGGCUUGUAAUAGCGAAGAUCCUGAUAUAUUGAUGGAACUCGCGAUCCAAAGGUCCCUGAAUUGUCCCACGCCAACCGGCAGAGAAACGCCGGUGCCGGAUAUCAAAAUUAAAGAUCAAAAUUCGACCGAAUUCCCACAGAUUGAUGACAAUGACAAUCUGGGUAGUUCGUUAUCUUCUCCCAUAAGAUACGAAAGCGUUAAAGAAGAGGAAAGAAUUUCUGAAAAGUUGUCUGUAACGGAAGAAAAACCGUUUGACGUGUGUAGAACCUUGGACAAGGAAGUGAAGGCUAUAUCGAGAACCACAGAGGAUAAGGGAACGCAGAGCGACAUAAAAUCUGUACCGAUGGCAAUCUUCAAGGAGGAGGCGUUGCCGGAUAUGCAAAAAAUGGAGAAUUCGGCCGCGGAAGCUCUGAUGACCCUGGCUGGACGGGACAAUAUUAUACGGCACAGGAGUCCGGGUCCUAUGCAACCUAACAUUAUCAGAACACUGCAGACAAUGUCAGCAAAAUACAUCAAUGACGAACCUAUCCUGAAGGAUAGUGAGAAGAUUGAAAUGUUCAGCGAAAUUCCUACAACCGACUCGGAGGAAGAGAGCUUAGAAAUCAGAAGAUUAAGGUAUCAAGCGGAGACGGAGCUUCGAUUGAAUGGACAACGGACACCAAGUUCGCCUGGUUCACAAGCUUCGCAAGUGUACAUGGAACACUCGUAUUCGUUGCCACCUGUACAACCGGAGCCCAUAGAACCGGUGAUGCGUGUACCGCCAGCCUCGAUGAAAAUAAAACAUCCGAAGAUUGUCAAAUUAACGAAAUCGAAAGACAAUACUCACAAAAUCGAGAAACAGAAGUCCAAGAAAUACACGAAAGUGCACAGCAGUCAUCAGAAUCACGUGGGAGAGAAGGAGAAUAUUCAGAAUGACUAUAUAUACGACAAAUUUCUUAAGCAGGUUCCAGAGCCGACUGUCACGUACAAAGAACGAGAUCUUAUGUCGGAAAUGGCUAUUUUGUACGAAUUUUUAACUAGGGGAAUAGACGCGGAGGACGUAGAAUAUUUGAGAAGAAGUUACGAAGCUUUAUUAGCGGACGAUACUCAAGGUUACUGGUUGAACGAUACGCAUUGGGUCGAUCAUCCGCCGACGGAUGUACCGAGUCCUGCAAAGAAGAGGAAACGGGACGAGCUUCGAUUACACGCGAGUGGAAGUGCUAGAACGGAAGGAUAUUACAAAGUUGACAUCAGGGAGAAAGCUAAACAUAAACAUCAUUAUGCUCAAAGUAUACAGCGCACUAACGACGUGGAGGACAGCGGUGGCUCUUACAUUGGAGGUGAUGGUGUAAUGAAUGGUCCAAAGAAUAAUUCUAAAGCAUUGACUGGCAAAAUGCAAGCAUUGUCACGCGAGGCACGAAGCAAUCAACGUAGGUUGUUAACAGCUUUCGGAAUUGAUACGGACAGUGAUCUCCUUAAGUUUAAUCAAUUAAAGUUCCGUAAAAAACAAUUGAAAUUUGCUAAGUCUGGUAUUCACGAUUGGGGCUUGUUUGCCAUGGAACCAAUCGCGGCCGAUGAAAUGGUUAUCGAGUACGUUGGACAAAUGGUUAGACCGGUUGUGGCCGAUCUGCGAGAAGCCCAAUACGAAGCCACUGGAAUCGGUAGCUCUUACCUUUUCCGCAUCGAUUUAGAUACAAUUAUCGAUGCGACAAAGUGCGGAAAUUUGGCGAGGUUCAUAAAUCACAGUUGCAAUCCGAAUUGUUACGCAAAAGUAAUCACGAUCGAAAGCCAAAAGAAGAUCGUUAUCUACAGUAAACAGCCGAUAGGAGUUAAUGAAGAAAUUACUUAUGAUUAUAAAUUCCCGUUGGAGGACGACAAAAUCCCUUGCCUUUGCGGAGCUCCUCAAUGCCGGGGUACCCUCAACUGAAUUGUUUAUUCUUUUUCCUGUCUUCUACAUUUCAUCACACCCUACUCAUAUUUUUGUAAAUAUUUCCCCAUGUAAACAUUUUAUAAAAAUGCAAUGGAAAAAUGCUAAAUUAUGUUAA